GGGAGCGCAUGUCUUACACCCCUUACACCCUCAUUUUCCGCUGAAUCAAUUCGCCCAUUCGAUAUUCAAACUUGACAUUAGUGAAGUGAAACACAAAUAAUGAGUGCGAAAAAAUAACGGUUACAAAAACAACGUUAUGUACCCGACCGAUUUGAAAAAUGGAACGAUAAAACUGAAUCCCUUCACGUCCAAUCACAACAUUAUGUUGAAAACUAUUCAGAACUUGUGCUACAACAAAACUAGUAACGGUUUUAAUAUGACGUCACCGUUCCUGGUCGACAACAUAUUGCACCAGCAGAAAACUGUCAACUUCCACAACCAGUUCUUGAACCAGCAGUUAGAGAAUUACAUGCAGAGUCAGAGUUAUUCGCGUGAAAACUCUCCAGAGGUUGACGAAACGAAGAUAGAUAACGAAGAAGACAGGACAGAUGAAAUAGAGAAAGUCGAUGACGAAGAUUCGAAAAGUAGAGACGAGGACUUCAAUAUGAAAAACGAGGCCGGUUAUUACAACCACGAUUUCUAUAACAGAACUGAAGACAGAAACGAGAAAGAAGUUUUAAAUAUCCCAAACCUUUCGCGCCGAUGUCACUGUGGUUCCUUCGACUGCCCGCCGUUCGCGUGCAAGAAAUCAGGGAUCCGUCGCUUGGAGGAAUUAGAAAAACGGUUUAAUUUGCACAAUUAUCAGGAGAACUCAGGCGAUGAGGAUGGCAAAGAGAGGUUCAAUACAGAGGACAUGGUUAGGAGUUGUGAGGACUAUAAUGUUGAACAGAAAAAACCUUUGCUUAAAUUUAGUGUUAGUGCGAUACUGGGGGAGCAAGGACGAGACACUGUUAAGAAUAAUGUUAACGAAUACCGUCAGCCGCUGGUCGGCAACCCGUGGCCCAUCGCCAAGCCGAUCGCGAGCCGGCCGAUACCAGUGCAGCAUCAGCACCUGCAGCAUCUACUGGCUCACUGCCACCACCCGUACUUAGUGAGGCCUGCGCAGGCACACACGCAAGUGUUCCCUCUGCCCGGCGGCUUCCCAUGGGCGCACAGUUCGAGAGGCAAGCCGCGGCGCGGCAUGAUGCGACGCGCGGUGUUCUCCGACCUGCAGCGCAAGGGGCUGGAGAAACGGUUCCAGGUGCAGAAGUACAUCUCCAAGCCCGACCGGAAGAAGUUGGCUGAGAAGCUGGGCUUGAAGGACAGCCAGGUGAAAAUCUGGUUCCAAAACCGCCGCAUGAAGUGGCGGAACUCGAAGGAGCGGGAACUCCUCGCCUCCGGUGGCUCCAGGGAACAGACUCUCCCAAACAAGAACAACCCACACCCCGACCUGUCAGACGCCGAAGCCGACAAGCCGAAAAUGUCACCACCCCCGCCCAGCAACGAGGAGGAGGAAUUAAAAAACAAAAUGUACGCCUCGACGUCCAGCUGUCAAAGUGACAGCUACCGUUACGACGACAAGAUGUCCGGCGGCGCGCUGUUUGCGCGGGAAAACGUCUAUGGUAACGAAGAUGGCGACGACUUUGACAGCGACGCCAGCGCCUCCGAUGAGGAGAUCAAUGUGACAUGACCUGUUCACACUUAAUUGUUAUAGUUUUAACAGAAUUAAUUAAUUUGACGCCCUGAAAAUUAAAUUAACCAACAAGAGCGAGUCAAGUUUAAAUCUACUGACGCCAUUAUUAUUAUUAAUGCUCAUGAUCGUACCAUUGAUUAUUAUUCUAUACCAAGCGGAUACGAGUACCUAGGAUUCCGUACAUCAGAUCUUAAACAAAUAUUGAUUAGCUAAUAUAAUAUUGUGUUCCAU